AUGUCAUGUGGUAGUUUCGUAGCAGGAAUCGUACAAGGGAUACUAACAUCAGCCAAAUUCGUAUCCAAUCACAUCUAUUUAAACUAUUUAUAUAGUUAUCUACUAGAAGGAGGUCUGAAUACGAGUAGUAGAGUAAAACAGCACCCCCUCCCUUAA